AUGUUCAGGGACUUAUUGCAUCUGGCGCUCCGAUCAUGGAAGUGUAUAAUCAAGCUCUGGGUUCGAAAACGGCUACGACGAUCUGGUCGGUUUAUUACAUUCUCGUCUUCUAUAACAUUAUUCUCAAUCUUCUCGUCUUCUCAUCUCGGAUUCUAUGGCCAUUUGCUCGAGAUGGUGGUGUCCCUUACUCUUCCUACGUCUCCAGCCUCAGAUGGUCUAUCUAACCCAGUACGCGCAACGGCUAUCAUGCUCUUCCUCCAGAUCAUCAUCGGAAAACUCUACAUUGCUUCAAAAACAGCUUAUAGUAGCUUCAUCAACCUGACUCUAUUUGCACUCAACAUCACAGUUGUACUGCCACAGACUGUCUUGUUAUUCACAGGUCGCGAUUCACUGCCCAAGAGGGCUUUCUCCUUGGGUCGAUAUGGAUACAUCGUCAAUGCGCUGGCGACCAUCUUCAUGCUUUUCUUUAGCGUCGUGUUUGCAUUCCCUGUUGCUCGGCCUGUUACUGGAAGUUCCAUGAAUCAUCUUGUUGCUAUUUUUGCAGUCAGUCUGAUCUUCAUCAUCUCAUCUUGGCUAUUGGGUCUCUCCAAACGAUUCACGGGGCCAUCAGAGGGAACUGUACAUAUUUGA